GUAACAAAACAAUCUGGACUUGGUCCCCUAAAGAUAAUAGUGUAAGUGUUAAAUAAACAAAACACUUACAUAAAGAAAAGCCUGGGCAGUGAAUAGCAAACAAGAAUCACACACAUGAACAAAUCCAUUUGCACAUUAGGGCAAUGACACAGAAGGCACAUUUUUGCAGUGAAUGUCACCUGUUGCCUGCCUCUCUGAGCAUUAAUCCUUGUUUUUUUUUUUUUUUAUCUAAGAGCCGAGGAACGUGCUCUCGAAUCACCCAAAGUGCAAGAAAAAGUGCAAACGUGUUACACUUAAAAAAAAUGUGCACAAAGGAUGCGGUCUAUCGCAAGCCCUUCUCCGAUAGAAGAGAGGCCCCCCAACAAACCUUACCCUCCGCCUCCGGACCAAAAGGUACCUGCGAGGUUCCAGGUUCGAUGUCCCUUUUCGCCGAAGCUACUAGGGGACCACAAAUGCUCCCGGCAUCCCCCUUGGCGUUAGCCAAGGUAUCUGCCUGCAGAGCCGAUAACGGUAGGUACCCUGCCAAAGCAGGGCCCAAAGAGUGGAAAUAUAUGGGCCGAAACUGCUGGCAUAUGAGGUGCGACACGCACAGCAACAGGACACUAAAGCAUUAGAGGCCCUGUACAUUAGAAAGCUUGAACAUCUCCGAGCCGAGAGGGGGAGCCAUCCCUGGAAUGCUGCAGAGCCAUGGUUGUGAAAUUCGACAAAUGCGGGGGUUUGACACCCUCAUGGACUGUCGUCAUGGUGGGACCAUCUUGGUCAAUCAUCAGGCAGUGCAGAGAGACUAUCUUUCCCCAUCAUUGCAUUCUCUAGAGAGCGGGGAGAUUGUGGAGUACACUCCUGUACAAAGCAUGAGAGAAGAAUGGGCGGCUGAGGUGACCUGUCCAAAGAAUGCAACUCAAGUUCCAUUUGCCUACUUCCCAUUGAACAACUGGGAUCCGCAGGGAUCUGCAGGUCCCUUUGGUUUGCUGCCACCUAGAGUCAAAGGUACCGUCCACAAGGAAGAGAUCUACAUGCCCGAAGUGCCUGCCAUGGCACCAAAGUAUCUACCAAAGUCAUCUGUGAAUGUGCCCAGGGCUACUCCUGUGGUUGAGGAGGUUUGGCCUAACCAGCGGGCUCCAACUGAAGUGCCUCGGCCUAUUCCCGCAGAGGAGGUUUGGUCGUCCCAACAGGCACCAACUGCUGUUCCCCCAGUGGCGCAAGCUGCUGCGGUGCAAAUGGUGGUCACCAUCAGCCCCACCAUUACAGGGUCUACCUUGUCCCGGGUGAACUGGAACACCCGAGUGAGUCCAUUAGAGGGGGCACAGUCCCAUGGACCCUGUUACAAGUCCCAGCCUCGGAAACAGUUUGACAGGCGAGGUUGGGAUGGCAAGUAUCCAGGCUGAAGAAUCUACUUUGCUAUCUGUCACUAACUUUGCUUUGUGAAGUACUUUUGUUGUCUAACAAGUUAUGAAACGUUUAAGAAGAAGUGCCUGACAAACUUGUCAAGAAGUUUAUUUGCAGCCAUAUACAUAAGCAUGUGCCCGGGUUUUAGCCGUGAUUCUUUACUGAGAAUUUAGAACGUACCAGAACUGUGGAGCGGUACUAGAAAAAUAUGUAUAUACUGUCAGAGUAAUAUAUUUUUGUUUAUAUUUUUGCACAAGUGAAUGCACAUGCUGGUGUACCAUAAUGUUAUGGUGUGCUGCAAUAAAAUGUAUAUAAUGUGCUUACAGUGUCUUUUGUACAUGGUGAUUUAUGUAGGAGGUAUCCUGAUCAGAUCAGGAGAAGCACAGCCACUACCUCACCGCCAGGACAACUACCAGCUAGGUAUAAGGAAUAAUGGUAGUGCUGUGUAUAAAGUAUAUAAUUAUAUCAGUAUAACACAUAGUCUAAUUCAGUCAGUUUACAUAAUGUAAAUAUAAGAUAGUCAAAAUGCUUAGUUAGGACUGUAUCUAACAUACACAUUUCCAGUCCAUAAUGUCAAAAUAUUUAUGUGUCUAACAUUUUUCCUGUCCCCGUGUACAGGGUGCUCUCCUGUCCAGAGGGUUCCCCUACAACUCCAGGGUGCUCUCCUGUCCAGAGGGUUCCCCUACAACUCUCCUGUCCAGAGGGUUCCCCUACAACUUAUGGAGACAGAAAAGCUGUAAGCGAAGUCUGGGAAUCAGCAAAGUUGCAGUGGCCAUUUCCGCAGCUAUAAAGCAAU